CUGUGUUUAGUAAACAAAUCACCGGGUGGUCAACAGGAAAUAAAUUUACUCUUUUACAGGAAAUCAACGUAAUGGGCACCAAAGUGCUGCGAAAGGUGACGCACUGCCUCUUCGAUAUGGACGGCCUGCUGCUGGAUACGGAGCGCCUUUAUACGGAAGCGUCGAAAAUGACACUAGGUCCAUACGGCAAGACUUUCACGUUCGAAGUGAAGGAGCAAAUGAUGGGCCUGCAAACGCGGGAGGCAGCGGAAUUCAUGGUCAAACACUACGGCCUACCUGUACCAUGGGAAGAGUUGGCCCAGCAGCAGCGCUCCAAUACCGAGAAACUGAUGCGGAAUUCUGAAUUAAUGCCAGGAGCUGAUCGCCUUUUGCGUCACCUCCACGCCAACCAGGUGCCCUUUGCACUGGCCACCAGCUCCAGCGCCGAAAUGAUGGAGCUAAAGUUCACCGAUCACCAGGAGCUGUUCGAUCUGUUCAACCACAAGGUGUGCGGCACUGACAGCGAAGUUGCGAACGGUAAGCCCGCGCCCGAUAUCUUCCUGGUGGCUGCUGGCAGAUUUGUAAAGCCGCCCGCUGCCGCCGACUGCUUGGUGUUCGAGGAUUCGCCCAAUGGUGUGGCAGCAGGCAAUAGCGCCGGCAUGCAAGUGGUCAUGGUGCCGGAUCCUCGACUGUCCCCGGAGAAGUGCUCUCACGCAACUCUGGUUCUGCGUUCCCUUGCUGACUUUAAACCCGAGCAAUUCGGACUGCCUCCGUUCGAGGAUUGAUUUUUAUUCCAGCUUAAGAAGCGUAAUACAAACAAAUAUAUAUAUAAAUGGUA